AUGUGGCGGUCCAUUGUCAAUCCCACUUACAACCCUUACUCGCCUCUUCGCCCUUUGCCUGGUCUCAUUGUCACCAACCUCUCCCCAUCUCGUGAAGUCCUUUCGGUUCACUUUGUUCGUUUCGAUCCCUCUUGUGUUCCUCCUGCUGGUGUUCCUUGUGUACAUGAAGGCAACAAAGUGGUCUCUGGUUCCUGUGCUGGUGUUUCUGCUCGUCAAGAAGCCGUCUCUAGUCCUGAUGAUGAUGAUGCUGGUGUUGCUGCUCCUCUUGGUGUUGAUGUUGAGCCUGUUACUGAUGAUCGUGUUGAUGCUUCCGAUCUCACUGCUGAUGACAAACCUGUCACUGUUCCUUCUGUCACUGUUCCUUCUGUUCCUGCUCCUCUUGACGUUGCUCAAGUUCCUUCUGUUCGUGCACCUGUUGACGUUGCUCAAGUUCCUUUUGCUGGUGAGGAUAUUCCUUCUGCUGGUGCUCCUGUUUCUGAUGAAGAUCGUGUUGCUGUUCCUGCUGGUGUUGUUGAGGAGGUUAAUCCUGUUGCUGAUGAUGACGCUCACGAUGCUGACUUUGGUGUUGAGGAUGACGAUGAGAUGGAGGAACUUUGUUUCUUGUUUUACCAUUUGAGUGCGAAUGACCCGUUUGACGAAGAUUCGUACAUGGCGCCACCUUUUGAUUGGCGAUACGAGGAACCCAUUGACAGAAUGGAAAUCGAGGACGACUUGCUUUCCAUUAUGUCAAACGUCCCCACCUUCCCUGAACCAGAACCUGAACCAAUGGAAGUCAUCAACUCUCCUGUUAUCACCGCACUUGCCACCACUACCACCAACUCUACCGCUGCUUCCAUUCCCACUACCAUUCCUUCAACCACCAACAAUACCGACACUCCUUCAAGCAUCACCGAUACCGCCACCACCAACACUACUGCCAUUCCUAUGGAUAUUGAUAUCCCUUAUGCCAACAUCGACACCGCCAUCCCCUCCACUGCCAUUAAUACCGCUACUGCUACCACCACCACUAUCGUUACCUCUCCUCCUCAUCCUGCCCCUCUUUACAACCCUACCAUGGCGCUCAUCCAAUCACGUCUUCAACGAAUCCGACAAGCCAGCAACCCAUCUUCAUCAUCAUCCGCAACCACCACCACCACCACUACGACUACCACUACAACCUCUACUCCUGUCACUAAUUCCGCCUCUUCGUCUUCCUCAUCUCGAUUUCGCCCUGAUAUGCCUCCUCCACCACCACCACCACGACGAUCUAUGCCAACAUCUAUGCCAUCCUCAUCAACAUCAUCAACCACUAUUACUUCCGCUACCCCUACGCCACCUCGUGAAUCCGCAACACCACCACAACAACAGCCAACAUCGCCAUCAGCCAUCCCUGAUGAUGUGCGUGAGGCACGUGAAGCCCUCGGUCUCUUUGACUGA